GGCCACCAGGUGAACCUUAGUGGUCGUCACGAUUAAUGAGAGCAGGAAGAAGAAAACGCUUCUGACAGACGCACUUUUGAGCCUGGAACAGUCAAAUGAAACCACCUGAGAAGUCUGGAGGUGGUUGACCAGUCACUUAGCUACAAACCACCAGUUUAAUCUAAAACAAUACUCACAUUGUGGUAAACUUAUCCUGUUUUGUACCUAAUGUUUAGUAGUAUGCUAAGUGAAGCAGAACACAACUAGCUGUCUACGCGUCGUUACGCCCUGCAGCUCCUCAGACGACUUUUAAUUUGAAGGUUACCUUUUUAAUACGUAGCAGAACAGACUCUCUGCGCAGGCGCGCUGAUGACGUUCUUCCCUGACAACAAGCAGAUGUUUCUUGGCAACCGGCUCGCAGAGAUCCAGCCUCCCUCCUCCUCCAGAUGGAUGAGACGGUGAGACCUCUGAGGAUUCCUCCUCAGAUCCCCGUUUACGCUGACAAACACAACGUCUUCCACCUGCUGCAGAACAUGUUGUUCAGUCUGGUGAUUGAUCAACCUGAAGAUCCCAUCUGUUACCUGAUCAGACUGCUGCAAAGGAGCAGCUUGGACAUUCCCCGGGUCGUGCUGCUUGGUCCUCCGGCUGCUGGGAAGCACACCGUGGUCAAAAAGCUGAGUGCCGAGCUGAGAGCUGUCCAUGUGACCACAGACAGUUUACUGCAGGACCAAUCAGAGCGGACACAUCCGCACACAGAGCAGGAGCUUCCUGCCGAGCUGCUGGUCGCUCUGCUUCAGCGGAGACUGAAGGAAAUCGACUGCUUCAGCAGGGGCUGGGUGUUGGAGGGAAUCCCUCAGACUCGUCUGCAGGCUCUGAGUCUCCAGCAGGCUGGAAUCAUUCCUGAACAUGUUGUGAUGCUGGAGGCUCCCGAUGACGUGUUGUUGGAGAGGACUCGGGGGAAACUGGUCGACCCGCUGACAAGAGACGUGUACCAUCAGACCUUCAUCUGGCCCGUCGAUGACACUGUCGCUCAGCGUCUGGAGAAGGAGCGGGACCUGUCAGAGAUGCAGCGAUUGGCUGAUCUGCAGCGUUACCGCUGUGAGGUCACCGGUCUGAUCUCUGCGUAUCAGCACGUCCUGAAGGUCGUCAACUGUGAUCAGCCACAUACUGAUGUCUACCAACAAGUGCUGGCUUUUGUUCGGACAAGAUGUUACUCCAGAACUCCCAGAAUCCUCCUGCUGGGUCCACCAGGUUCAGGGAAGAGCCAUCAGGCCAGACUACUGUCAAAGAAAUACAAGACGGUGGACGUGAGUUGUGGUCAGUUGUUGCGGUCUGUAGCAGCUGAUGGUUCAGCUCUGGGACAGGAGAUCCAACUGUACCUGGACGACGAGAGGCCAGUUCCAGACUCCCUGGUGCUGCAGGUUCUGGAGGAACGUCUGAGCCAAGUGGACUGCAGCUACAGAGGCUGGAUCCUGCAUGGCUUCCCCCGAGAGCUGCAGCAAGCCAAGAGUCUGCAGGAGUCCCAGCACCAGCCCAACAGAGUUUUCAUCCUGGAGUUGACCGAUGAUGUUUGUCUGGAGAGGCUGACUCUCAGAUCUACAGAUCCAGUGAGUGGCGAGAGGUUUCAUGCCAUGACUCGACCGGCUCCGUGCACGGAGGUCCAGAACAGACUGAGGACAAGACCCGAGGACAGCGUACACACUGUAACACACCAGCUGAAUCAGUACAGGACAUACGCUGCAGCCCUGCAGACUGUGUAUCCAGAUGCAGUUCAUAUCAAUGCUGAUCAGGAUCCUCAUACUGUGUUUGAGGCUCUGGAGAGCAGACUGACAGCUGAUUGACAGGACGACACACCUGGACACAGGAAAUGGACUUACUGUUGUCUGCCAUUUUUUCAAAAUGUUUUAGUUUGUUUAAAAAAAAUCUAAUGUUUUAGUCAUCUCUACUGGUUAUCAUAAACCAGCAGGUAACAAAGAGGGACACCUGUCUGGGGUGACAGAUGACAGACUUGUCUCGCUCCUCACCAACGUCCAUGUGCCAUUAGACGUAUUUAUGUGCUCUGCUGAAAUGUAGAUUCAGUACCCACCACCAGGGCUUGUGGGUAAUGAAGUUCUUAUGUGUCCAAUCAGAAGACACAACUCUGCAGCCACAGUGUGUGGGUGAAUGACCAUCUAUCACACAUCCACCCUGUGUGUGUGUGUGUGUGUGUGUGUGUGUUUGUCGCCUCAGGCAAACGUCAUCUUUACAAACUGUUCACAUCUCAGAGUUCAGACGUUUGCAACCUUUUCACUUGUGUGGAAGACAGAAAAUGUCUUCAGAAACAUUUAUGACAUUUAUGUCGCUUUUAUUAUUUCUUAGUGUCUAACAUUUUCAGACAGGGACGGCCUUCUGUUGUGUGUUUCUUUGUUUUCCUGUUUGACAAUGAAGCCAUGAAGAAAAAACUCUGACUGUUGCUAUACAUAAAGUUAUUUGAUUUCGA